AUAAUAAUAUAAAUUAUAAUAAAAUAAAAAAUGAAUAUCAUAAGCUUGUAGCAAAAGAUUUUCUAAAUGUUUUAAAUGAUGCUAUAAUAGGCAUGCAUAUUAAUGAAGCCUAUUAUUAUGAAAAAUAUACAUGAAACAGAGUAUUACAACUCUGGUAUUACGUAUUAAAAAGUUAAAUAGUUCCAAGAAGUACGGUUUACUGUCGCUAGUAUCGACUUGAAAUUUGACAGAUAAAUCACACCACGUGUUUCAACUAAAUAUUUUUUGUAAUAAUGGUUUAUUAUUUUACAAGUGAAGUUGUACAACCAUCGGUGACAUUAUUUAUGGGAGUCGACCAAUAUGAAAAUGAUGACCUCAUAAAGUGGGGUUGGCCAGAAGAUGUUUGGUUUCAUGUUGACAAAUAUUCUUCAGCGCAUGUAUACCUUCGACUUCGCCUUGGUCAAACAAUAGAUGACAUACCUAGCGUAGUUUUAGAAGAUGCAGCACAAUUAGUGAAAGCAAAUAGUAUUGAAGGAAAUAAAAUGAAUGAUAUCGAUGUAGUAUAUACAAUGUGGUCUAAUCUGAAAAAAACACCAGGUAUGGAAAUAGGACAAGUUGGUUUUCAUAAAGAUAAGGAUGUUCGUAAAAUUCAUGUUGCAAAACGAAUAAAUACUGUUGUUAAUCGAUUGAAUAAAACUAAACGUUCAGAACAAGUAAAUUUAAGAUCAGAAAGAGAACAACGGGACAGAAAUGAACGGGAAGAUAAAAAGAGACUUUUGAGAGAACAAAAGGAAAGAGAAAAGGCAGAAGAAAAACGAAGAAAGGAAGAAGCAGAAAUGAGAAGUUAUAAUUCUUUAUUUAAUACAUCUAAUAUGACAUCAAAUGUAGAAAAUAGUGGAUAUGAUUCAGAUGAUUUUAUGUGAUGAAAUUAUUAAUAUUAUUCGUAAUUCGAUUGCCUACUCACCAUAGUUUGGAAUAAUAGAUGAAUAUAUUUAAAACAAAAAGCAUAUAUAAUUUCAAAAUUAAAUUUGGUUGAUAUUUUAAAAGAAAA